AUGGCACCUAAACCUGCAUCCACCGCUGGCAAGGCUCCCGCGUCCACCGCGUCGAAGGCACCAGCCAAGACGACCUCUGAGGGUGCCAAGUCGGCGAAGAAGAGCACCAAGCCUGCCGCUGCAUCUGGAGAUGAUACGAAGAAGCGAAGACGCAAAGCGCGUAAGGAGACGUACUCCUCUUAUAUUUACAAGGUGCUUAAGCAGGUGCAUCCGGAUACCGGUAUCUCCAACAAGGCAAUGGCCAUCCUGAACUCCUUCGUGAACGACAUCUUCGAACGCAUUGCUACGGAGGCAUCGAAGCUUGCUUCUUACUCGAAGAAGUCCACCAUCUCCUCUCGGGAGAUCCAGACUGCUGUUCGUCUGAUUCUUCCCGGCGAGCUGGCCAAGCACGCCAUCUCGGAGGGCACGAAGUCCGUGACGAAGGUAUGUUGUCCGACCGUUAAGCGCUCAACAAUGAGCUGA